AUGCAUAUUAUUCGUAUUAACAUUUAUUCGAAUGCAACACUGCAGUCUGAUCAUCUCUUUGCGCCACAAGAGCGAAAUCUUCAUGGUUGCUCGUUGAAUGUAUGCCUACGUUUAGGAUAUCCCUAUUUGGGUUUCCAUGGAAACCAAAGUGAUUCGCAGCAGUUGCAAGACGUUCAACGGUUGUCCGGUAUUGAAGCUGAUCUACUUAAAAACCUGGUAUUGGCUUUGAACUUCAGCGUGAAUAUAUCUAUUCCCGAAGAGAAAAGUUUGAUUGGCAGGCAUAAUAACUCAACGGGUUGCUUUGCAGAGUUGGCUUCUGGUAGGUCGGAUGUCGCUAUCGGUUGCAUGAGUAUUUCUGAUGGUUCACGUGAUGUAUUCAGCUAUUCAACCACCUACCACCAAAGUCACUUUGUAUUUAUCGUGCGCCGAGGUUUACAUUUUAGUCCCAUUAAGCAGUUGGCACAAGCUUUUUGUGGAAGUGUUUGGCUCGCAAUUGCAGUUUGUUGUAUUGGCGGCUUGAUUUUUAUAAGGCUUAUAAUUAGUCACACAAAUCCGAGUACCUGUGAGAAAUUAGUUGGAAACCCCAAGCGCAGUGAUUGCACCAAUUUGAUUAUUACAAUGAUGGGAAAUCCCCUCCAAGUCCUACCGCGCCGUAAUUCCGCACGUAUGUUACUCAUGACUUGGCUUUUGACUACGCUGGUGUUACGAAACGCCUACCAAGCAAAAUUGUUUGACACUUUGCGCACCUCUAAGCGCCUGUGUGUGCCACACACCAUUGCCGGUCUUGAAGACAAAAGUUAUAUUCUCCUCGCCGACAAUUAUGUAGAAUUUUAUCCGCAAAAUAUGACUCAGAUCGUUUCGAAUACUACACGACGCUAUCGUAUUGUACAGAAUAGUGAGUCCACACGCUACACAACUUUCUCCAUGCUAGACACCUUGGGUUGGCACAAUCGCCAAAAUUGGAAUACCAGCCGUUUGACGUAUGUGCCUGAGCCGAUCUAUCUCAUACAACUUUCGGUGUUUUUCAAAAAACAUUCAAUUCUUCGUUCACUCUUCGAUCACCGCAUUAAACAGCUGAUGGGGGCUGGUAUUACGUCACACAUUUACAGGAAACAUGUUGCAAAACAUUUCCAAAUGAUGAACGAAAGCUCUCAACGCAUGCCAGUUAUUAGCAGCAAUAUGCUGAAGGGUCUCUACUUGAUGUACGCUUUUCUUAUGGCAACGGCUUGCACUUUGUUUGGGUUGGAACUACUCGCAAGGAAUUGUUUGUGGGUUAAGCGUUUCAUGGACUGGAUGCAUCUCAUCAAAAGAGAGUAA